UCGUCCUCCCCGUCUUCUCUAUCUAUCAUCCCCUUUUGCGUUUCUGAUCUGAAGUAUGAGCUUUGUGUUUUUUUCUUUUUUAAUCCGGUAAGCUUCAGUCCGCUUUGAAUGUUGGAGGGAUGAAGCUGAGUGCCUGAAUCUGAUUUGUGUUUUUCUUUUUGUUUGGCUUCACAUUAAUCUGGCUAGAAAAAGAGAUCUGUGAUUAUGAUUUGGGUUUUCAGAGUGAUCGAAUUAAUGAAAGAUCGUUUGCUUUGGCUUUGAUUUUUGAGAGGAUAAAAUCAAAUUUGAGAUUCGUGAGUGUCGGCGUUAGUUAUUUGAUUGCUCGAGGAUACUUUGAAUCUGCAUUUCUGGUUUCUGAUCUGUCUGGGUUCCGAAAUUGUUCUUGGUAAGCUAGCUUACGGAUGCAUUUGUCUUUGUUGAGAACUUGAGACUCUUGAGUUACCUAUAAGGUUUCUGAUGAUCUGAUAUGGAUUCCAUGUCGAUUAUUAUGAUAGACAUAUCCAGAAAUUUUAUUUCAAAUGUUUUAUGAUUUAAUCUUCUCGAUUGGCGUUGAUCGGAAGAAAUCUCUAAUUUUCUACUCCCACGAAACUGUCGUCAAAGUGGGUUUCUUUUUGGGGAUUUGGGUUUUGAGGAGCAGCAUUAACCAUGGAUGGUAACAAGGAUGAAGCAGCGAGAUGCAUCGGAAUCGCUGAAGCAGCUAUGGCUUCUGGAGAUAAGCAGCGUGCUCUGAAAUUCAUCAGAAUUGCACAACGCCUCAACCAAAAUCUGCAGCUUGAUGAUCUACUUGCUGCGUGCGAAAAGUUAGAAUCUAUGACAUCCACCUCUUCCCCUGAUCAAAAGCCCGUAGGUCAAAACCACAAAGAGCCAACUUCAUCUAAAUUUCCUGAGCUAUCGCAUGGAGGAGGGAAUUACACCGAAGAGCACCUUAAGCUGAUCCGAGAAGUGAAGAAAAACAAGGAUUACUAUGCAAUUCUUGGGGUGGAAAGGACAUGUUCCGUUGAGGAGAUUAGGAAAGCUUACAGGAAAUUAUCUCUCAAGGUUCAUCCUGACAAGAACAAGGCACCGGGUUCGGAAGAGGCAUUUAAGAAAGUUUGCAAAGCUUUCAAGUGCUUGAGCGAUGAAGAUUCAAGGAGGCAGUAUGAUCAAACAGGUCUUGUUGAAGAAUUUGAAUACAAUCAGCAACAUAACGUCAGGAGGAGGAGGAGGAGAACUUCGCAUGGCUUCUUUGAUGAUGAUUUUGACCCUGAUGAAAUAUUCAGGUCAUUCUUUGGUCAGGCAGAGAUGUUUCGGACUGCCCAUGUUUAUAGGACUACUAGAGGAACGGCCACCCAACAAAGGGAAAAUAAUAAUGGAGGAGGGCCUAAUCUGUUGGUUCUUAUUCAAAUUUUGCCAUUCCUUGCAAUCUUAUUGCUAGCCUACCUUCCUUUCUCAGAGCCUAGUUAUUCUUUGCAGAAGACUCAUUCUUAUCAUAUUCCCAAGGUCACUGAGAAACAUGGGGUAGAAUUUUAUGUUAAAUCUUCUGAUUUUGAUAACAAAUUUCCAAUUGGAAGUCUUUCUCGAGCUAACCUUGAGAAUCUCGUUGUGAGGGAUUACAAGAACACAUUGGUACGCUAUUGUCGUGUGGAGCUUCAACGGCGGCAAUGGAACAGGAAUUAUCCAACACCUAACUGUGAUAUGCUACAAAAUUUUGGAGUGGUGUGAAGAAUUACAGUCAGAAUGUAGGACUUUUCCUCUAUGACACGAGGAAGUGUCUAUGGUGGAUUCUGGCAGAUGAAGAUUACAGUGUCAAGUUGUUAAUAUUGUGCAAAGGUGAUGCGAGAUGGAGGGGAAAUAAAGAAGACACAGCAUGUGCACAUUAUAUAGCAUUUGCAUAUGCUUACAUAUGGAAACACUGCUUCAUCAUCCUAGUGCUUGGAAUGGCAGUGAUGAGCACAUUCUUACGGAUGAAUAUUAAACAAUGAGUGGAACCGGAAUUUGUAGAGCUUAUUUUACAUGAGAUUAUCACUUUUUUGAUGCUUGAUACACCCUGAAUUUCUAGAAGUACACUUCUAGGAAAGUUUGGUAUAUUGACUGAUCUUUGUAAGUUUUGUAGCAUCGUCCAGGAUGCUGGUGAUUAAGGGGAGAGAGCAUGAACCUAUGUAUUUUUUUUUUUAAUGAGAAGGAAAAUAAUCAAUAAGAAAGAGCA